GAGGCUGAUGACAAGCAGAGGGAGGCAGCAGCGGAGCUCUACGGGUGGUCAGAAGUUUUAGGAUUAGGAGACUUCUUCGUUGAGCGGGGCUCGUUCUGUUUUCACUUAUCUCCAAACAUUUUAACAUUUUUAUAUUGAUUUGUAUGUGAUGGCUGACGCAUCAUCGGUUGAAGUGGGAAUUCUGUUCCUAAUAGUGGUGACAGUGUCUUUCACUAAUGGUUCCUUGUCUGUAAUCCAGAAAAAGGAGGUGGUGGGCGAGGUCAGCAUGAGCACACUUUUGCUCAGCAGCAAUGUGGCUGACCCUGUCACCAUGAGCCCAGAUGGUGAAGCCAAGUCUUGCUCUGCUUGUGACCCGCUGACAGCCAGGAGGCGCUCCAAGAGGUGCACAUGUUACUCCUACAAAGACAAAGAGUGUGUGUAUUACUGCCACCUGGACAUCAUCUGGAUCAACACACCCGAGCACACUGUACCAUAUGGUAUGUCCAGUUACCCGGGUUCACUGCGUAUGAAGCGUUCUGUCGAGACUGAAUGGAGGAGGAGGAGUGGGGCAGCCACUAGACGCUGUGCAUGCAAGCUGCAGACCGACUCUGAGUGCAGUAGCUUCUGCAUGGACAGGCAAAAGAGGAGACCCCUUGCAACACAAAUAGCAAAAACGAGGACACCACCUUUCCACAGAGGGGACAGGGUGUGGAAUCUGAAAUGAACAGACGUAUCUACAAUCUAGAAGGGUGGGACAUAGAUUCUGUUGGUGCCAUGUAAAUAAAUAGGGGUAUACAUGGAAAAAAGUUGCUUGCACAAAAAAUGAAAGAGGUUGCCACCUCUCUUUGUCUGCAUUUGUGUCACAGCAGUGGAGUGUCAUUUACUCACACAUAACUCUGUGUUUCACAUGGCUCAUCACUCCAGGAUGUUACGUAAUAUCUUUGCUAUCUUAUGAAUAUAUGUGAAAUCAUGUGUGAUAUUUAUGGAGGGUGAGAAGCUCGUGACAAAUGUCAGCAUUUCCUUUUCUCUUACAAGCUGAAUCCAAAUAUUUUUUAAAUAAAAUGUGUUUUCAGUAGGCUAUAAGUUAUUUAGUGCCUAUAACACAUUAAUUGUAUAUACAGUUACACAUGUGGUGAUUCUUAUUAACAUUCUCUAUCUUAAAGGACGUGGUUUUUUAGAUAACAAGUGAAAUGGUACAUGUAUUUAUACCUAAGGAUCAGGUACAUCCAGUCCGAUGAAAGACAUGAUAGUGAGAGGUAAUCGUCAGUCUCAUCCAGAAGAGAAUGUGUUUUUGUCACUUUUUGCUCACCGCAACUGGAAAUGGUUUGAUGAUGAUACUAUCCACACAAUGCAAGAAUGGCUGGUAAUAAUGACCGCAGGUGCUUGAAGACAGGCCUGCUUGUUUUUACUCAGUAGUGCGAAAAUGUUUCUGGUUCCUGGUUAUCUAAUUGGAGCAGUGGAAGGUUAUUGGAGGUCAUCUGGAAUGCCAGAGAGAGUCUUUAUUUGCUUUCUAUGCAACUCCUGGCAUGGUUUAAUAAACAGCAUUAAAUAUGCUACCGCUUGUUUAAUGAGAACCACAAGUAGCUUAAAUAAGGGCAGCCUGGUGUUUAAACUGUCUUGGUGCAUUGUGCAUAUUAUAUUAUUUUGUACUGUAACAGCUGGAGCAAGCUAUUCGACUAUCAUCUUUUACAUGAAGGUAAAGGUCAAAUGAAUUAAAACUAGCUUGUAUUUUUACUUAUUUUCCUAAUAAGAAAUGCCUUUUAGUUGUACAUUAUGACAAAUUGCCUGUAGGGCACUGCUUAGUUCAAACUGGAUAAGAUGUUUCAACAUGUUUUUAAUUUCAAGGUGAAAUUACCAGCAUACUAGUAGUACCUCCUGUUUAAGGGUGGUUUGUUGUUCUGAUUUUGUUAUGAUUGUUCAGUGUUUAAAAUAAGUAAAAGAAUAAAACAAAAACAGCCA